CACAGUCGAGAGAGAGAGAGAGACAGAGAGAGAGAGAGGGACCGAGGGGUUUCAGCAGGGUUUACACAUCAUCAUCCAGAAAACGCACUAAAAACCAUAUUGCUGUCCAGCACAGUCUUUUCUUGGGGAUCGAGGGACACAGAGCAACUACUGAGGUCUAAAGGCCACAAAAAACAAUGGGAGUCAUGCUGCUGGUGGGAGUGUAUGUGCUGUUGGCAUCUUUUGGUCAGGUUACCAGUAGCUCCCAGUCGAGGAGAGAGAACCUGAACCCAGUUGUGCUGUAUCCGUGGAGAACAAAGACUUCAGGUUUGAGCCGAGUAAAGAGAGACUGGAUCAUACCACCCAUCCGUGUUUCUGAAAACAGCAAGCAGGUCCCUGAGUAUCUGGUCCAGAUCAAAUCUGACAAGAUUUUCACUGGAGAAGUGAUCUACAAGCUGGAGGGCCCUGGGGUCGACCAGGAGCCUAAGGACCUCUUCGAAAUAGAUGAUAAAACAGGAUGGAUUAAGAGCAAGAAGCCUCUGGACAGAGAGACUUAUAAGAGCUUCACGCUUAAAGCCUUCGCCCUGUCGCCCAGUGGGGAGCGAUUAGAAAACCCCACCACCAUCGAGAUCUACGUAUUGGACCAGAAUGACAACAGACCGGCUUUUAUCAAAGAGGAGUUUGUUGGCUCUGUGGCAGAAUUCUCCAUUCCAGGUACUUCAGUGUUGACUGUAUCAGCAACAGAUGCUGAUGACCCCAACACAGACAACUCAAUCCUGAGCUACUCCAUAACAGCUCAGGAGAGCUUCCCACCUUUCAGCAUCAACAAGACCAUGUUUGGCAUCAAUAACGUAACAGGAGUGAUCUACACCAGAGACGUGGGACUGGACCGAGAUGUGGUGCAGUUGUUCCGGCUGACCCUGCAGGUGGCCGAUAUGUCUGGGAUGGGCCUGACCAGCACAGGACGAGCCAUCGUCCACAUCACAGACAUCAACAACCAUGCUCCACAGUUCAACCCUACCACGUACACAAUGUUUGCCAUGGAGAAUAAAGUCAAAGAGGAAAUAGGCAGAGUGAAUGCUACAGAUAAAGAUGAGAAGAAUGGUGAGAACUGGAGGAUUACUUAUUCCAUCAUUAAAGGAGAUUCUUCUGGCAAUUUUGCCAUCCGGACGGACCGUGUCACUAACCAGGGAAUUAUUUCUGUAGUGAAGCCCCUGGACUUCGAGUCACGGGCAGAGUACCAGCUCACUGUGAGAACAGAGAAUGAAGUCCCUCUGAGUAUUAAAGCUCCAUAUGAACAGACCAGCACCGCUAUCGUCAAUAUCAGAGUUCUCAACGAGAAUGAAGCACCACGUUUUUAUUCGAACCCCAUAGAGGUGUCUAUUCCCGAGUCCGUUGAACCAGGGAGAGUCUUCAUUUCCAAAAUCGCUUAUGAUGCUGAGAAUUCCAAGCUGAGAUUUGAAAUUACUCAAGAUCCUGAAAAAUGGCUCUUGAUCAACCAUGAAACUGGAGCUAUUUCAGCCAGGAAGAACUUCAACCUCCGCUCCCAAUAUGUUAAGAACAAUAAGUACAGGGCAGUAGUAAAGGUCACAGACAUGGAUGCAGGUGGGACUUCCAUUAUGGGCCCUCUGGAGAUCACUCUGUGGGAGACCAAUGACUUUCCCCCUGUGCUUGUCCCUUUGAGUGGCAUCCUGUGUAGUAACAGAGAGAGGCACAGACUGGGCCUGCUGAUCAGCGCUGUAGAUAGUGACCUUGCCCCUCAUGCAGAUCCCUUUAACUUCGACCUGGCUGAUGGAGACAUGGCAUCCAACUGGACUAUCAUACAGCUCAAUGAGACCCAUGCGGUACUGCAGCCUGUGAUAGAUAUAGACCAGGGGGAGUUCUCCAUUCCCAUUAAGGUAUCAGACUCUGGUUCACCACCUCUUCACUCCAACGCACUGGUGAAUGUGACGGUGUGUCCAUGUGACAGCGCUGGACAGUGUAUGAGUGUCACAGCUGCAGCCAUUUUUGGAGCUAGAGUGGGCAUUAGCUUUAUUGCCCUUAUGAUCAUCAUGGCCAGUGUUGCUUUACUAUUUUUGUUGCUGAUAUUUGCUGUGGCGGUGAGGAGCUGCACCAAACGUGGUGUUAAGAAAGGAGGAGGCCUUCUGAUUGGCGAAUCAGAGGACGAUGUGCGUGACAAUGUACUCAACUACGAUGAGCAGGGCGGAGGAGAGGAGGAUGAGGAUGCCUUCAACAUUGAUCUUCUGAGGACCCCAAAUGAUAUGGUUAUACCUCUAGGAUCCUUCAAUCAACCUGGUCUUCCUAAAUGGAAGCAGCCACUCCGGAAGGAUGCUCCAUAUAACCUACCCUCGCCUGCAUACCCACGCAAACCGCAGGGAGAGCCUACCGACAUUGAGGACUUUAUCAGUGAUUGUCUGGAUGUCGCAGACAACGACCCCAACGUGCCUCCGUUUGACACAGCUCUGAUCUAUGACUACGAAGGAACCGGUUCUCUGGCAGGCAGCCUGAGCUCCCUAGCUUCCUCCACCUCAGACGAGGACCAGGACUACGACUACCUUAACGAUUGGGGACCACGCUUCAAGAAACUGGCUAACAUGUACGACCCCCGCUAGUUAUCCCACAGCUACAAUCAGAGCUCACGUGACUGGUUCAACAUUCCCCAUCAGUAUACAUUUGGGGUCGGUGACAUAGGCACUGCUGAUGAGGAUGGAUGUGUGUGUAUGGAUCAUUAAUCGAGAAUCUACAGAAGCUUUUCAAAUUAGUCUCUGGUGUGUUCUUUAGAAAGGUCAACGCUGUCAUGUGGGAGACGAUUCGAGCUGUAUUUUUGCUCCCGUAGUGCCGUUAUGGAUCAGUGAGUUAUUUCAGCAGACUGACAUGACAGCUCAUCUUCCACCAAAACAAAGGCAAACAGUGAUCAUUGCAUACUAAUGAGACAGAAGUGACAGGCCCAGUUCUUAGUAAGCUUUAGCACUCUGAUACAAUUUUUAUUUCCAUUCUUGGGUACAUCGUAUAUAUGCAAUAUAGACGUUUUCCUGCUGUAACACACUCAGUUCACCAAAUAAAACCCUAAGUUAAAUCGAGUGUGUUAAAAGAUGUGUCUGGUUAAAAAUGAUACAAUAGUCACCUCAGAGCAAAUAUAAAGGCUCAGCUAAGACAACAUGGUUUCUGACGUUUCUUUCAUUAGUUUAUGACGUAAUGACUGGGUUUGACACAAAGCUUUCAGACGCUUCUUACCUUUAUAACAAGUGUAAAUUCUGUACGUUUCACUUUGAACCACAUCUUAACACAUUCAGAAUCAGGUUUAUUGGCCAAGUGUGUUGACACACACAAGGAAUUUGGUUCCAGCUGUUUGUGACUCUUAAACUUCGUUCAUUCAUCUUCAGUAACUGCUUGAUCAUGGUCAUGAGACAGAAGCACGGAAAUGGGAAGAACAUGUGAAGCACCACGCAGCUCAGGAUUCAGCAGCCUCUGGACCUUCUGAAACAUCUUGCUGUCCUGGCUUAACAAAGCCAACAACAACAAGGUCCGAUUCGAUAACAACUGAAACAGUGUGAACAUGAAAAAUGCAAUGUUUUUUCCUGCGAGAUUAAAGCAGCCUUGUUUCAAAAAAUGGCACUAAAAAUUAUUUUCUGACAAAAGGAACAUUGUAAGUUGUAACAUUAUAAUGCAUUAUUCAAGGAUUUUGUGAUUAUUUUUAAUAUGAUUGUAUAUAGAUUUGCAGUUUUUACCACCAUUCAUAGGACAGUAUAACAUUUUACUCACAAAA